GUCUUCACAAAAUGGCGGAAGUCAACCAUGCAAAGUGUUUUUUGUAAUGAGUCUGCUUAAAUAGCUUUACAAAACUGCUUGGUGAGAAUGUCAGCUCUUCUAGACAGUGAUAGUAGUGAUGGAGAAGAUGAAGAUUUUGAAGGUUUUGUUGUCAGUCCUGAAGAAAAGGCAAGCUACAGAGUGUGGUCAAGGAGAAGAAGAGCUUUAAAUGCGGUGGAUAGUGACUCUGAAAGUGAAGAUGAUGAUAAUGAGGAAGAUGAUGAGGAGGAUGGAGACGGUGAAGAAGAGGAAGAAGAAUGUGAGGAUGAAGAAAAUGACGAACUUGAUGCUGUUCUUGACGAUGUGAACUUUGAUGAAUCUGGUGAAGAGACAUCCACAAGCAACACUGACCAGUGUCCAGUGUGUUUGAUGUCUUUUAAAGAGCAGCUACUGGGAACACCUAACAACUGUUCACAUGUGUUUUGUUUUGAAUGUAUACAGGAAUGGUCAAAGAAUGCCAAUACUUGUCCAGUUGGACGGAAACCUUACACUGAAAUAUUAGUGCAUGCUUCAAGGAAAGGACCUGUGUUACAGAAAAUUCCAGUUGAAGAAAGACUAGAAGAAGAAGAUGAAAUGGAGGAUGAUCCGACAUAUUGUGAGAUUUGUAGUCUUUAUGACAGAGAAGAACAAAUGUUGCUAUGUGAUGGAUGUGAUAAUGGAGCUCGAACAGUCGCCUCGACACGAGGUCGAGGCGGAACCCGCACCGCUCGCAGACAAGGGCGAGCGAGGAGUAGCAGUCGAGGGUUGGGGCGAGGGAGCAGCACUAGAGUUCGAUCGAGUUCAACCACAACUGGAAGGAAAAGGAAGCGUAAAAAGAAGAGGAACAAGAGUAAAAAGAGGACGGGCACAUCGAGUACAAGAAAAGGAAAGAAAUCAUCCACAAAAACAACAUUGAAGGGAAGAAAGCGGCGUCGAGUAUGCGAGGAAGACGAAGUAUCGCCCUUUAUCUACGAACCUGUUAGGCGUGGAAGAACAGUUCAUGCCCGACUGUUGGAAAGUUUGAGUGCAGCGGGUCCUUCCGGCGCUGAGCCUGGCCGCUCAGCGUCUCUUGGUAGAGCACCUUUUCCUAACAGAGUCGAACCUAGUUCGAGUUUUUCGUUAUUUGGGAAUGCUUUUGCCCUGUAUGAUUUCGACGAUCAAGAUGAGGACAUACCCGAGACAGUUCACACUGAGGGUCAGGGUAAAGUUUUGAGCUCGGCGCCAACUAACCCAGAUGUCCUGGGAUCUAUAUUUCAAGACUUGGAUUCCUUGCACAGUCCCGGCGUGCAAGUCGCGCGUGGCGGGAAAUUGGUGCAGUCCACUGACCAGUCUUCGACUAAGCAUGUCAAGAAUAGAGAUGCACAGUCAGUACGCAGCAUGGACGAAAUCAAGAAUGAAAGUAAUUUGGAGACCAGAUGUGGAGACCAGAGGUGGAAACCAGAAGUGAAAGAGAAAAAUUUAGAUGACGAGGACAAAAAGACAAAAACUACGGAUAGUACCAAGCAUUCAUCUGGCGACAAACAAGGAGAAAAGCAGGGCUCGAGGAUCGAGACCAUUUCUGUUAAACUUUCUUCUUCCAAGUCAUCAGAGGAAAAUUAUACUGGUGCAUGUAGGAAACUGUCAAAUGCAGGAGAAAUUCAAAAUAGCUCUCUUGCGUCGUCAACUUCUUUAAAAAAAAGUUCUCCCCCUCUAACUUCCCCCUCUUUAAAACCGAUGCUCUCUGGUUUCAGAAUUCCAAAACGGAGCUCAAUUUCAGAAGAUAAACCGAAUCAAACGCCACCAAGUUUUCAUGGUAACUCGUCAAGCGUUAAUCAGGUACGAAGCCAAAAUUUUGCCGUCAUUUCCAACUUUAAAAUACCAAAAAGGAAAAACUUAUCUUUUGAUGGAACUCCAACAGGAACCUCUUUCAAUACUGUUAGCAGUAAGCCUGUCAAAUCCGUGGGCCAGAUGGUAGCGACGCGUUCUUCAAGUAUUGUUAAACCAAGAGAUACGUCAUUGUAUCGCUUAUCUCUAGACAAAGUUGUCUCUCAGUCAUGUCCAAAAUCUAAUGCUAUAGAAAGUUCCCGCAUUCAAUUUAACAGCGUAAGGCCUCUCCUGCGAGAGCACAUAACGAGGCAAGAUUCACGGAGUGAGUCAACAUCUGUACCAUUGGUGACUAGCGUGACUGGUAUGACAAAAUAUCAUGCAAAUAAUGUCACUGGCGUUACGUAUAAACACACAGCCAGCUCAAGAACCACAGCACCUUGUGUAACGAGUUCAAGUAAUACCGCUGCAUGUCAGACAAAGUUUGCUGGCGCAGCUCACAGUCAUGAUAAAACCACGAACAUAUCGUGGCCUUUGAGCAAGACAGUUCCUAUAAUCGACCAACCAGCAACAGAGAAAGAGCAGCGGCGUAGCAAUAUCGAAAUAAUAAGAAUGUUGAAUGAAAAGCAAAGGAGCAUAAGGGAGCAGAUGUUUGGUGAUCGUAAAUGCACGUCCGUUUCUGGUGACUUGGAAAAUGCGCAUGCGUUACGACAAAAGGGACUUCAUGUUUCUGAAAAGUCACCAAAACGUGGGAUUGUGUUACCGAUUGCUGUGGUCAAACCAUCUCCUCACGCCCCAAAUGUCCUAAGAAGCAGCUCAAGUUCCGUACGCUCUAACAAUUCAGAAAACUCACCAGUGAAAAGUAUUGCCAGUGGAAUUAUAGAUGCACACAGCGGUAAUACUGAGGAGUUAAAAAAAGUGUACUCAGAAUUUGAUUCACCCACCUCUCUUGGAUGUGAAAUUAGCGGCUCCAGCGUCGGACAUGAAGCGGGGGCCUUAAAACGCGACAGGGAGGCAGUGACAGGAGUUCAAAGUGACAGAGAGCAGCAAAGAAAACUGGGAAUAGCACGACUCCAACGGCAUGAGCAAAUAGUCGAUGAAGUUAAACUGGCACUGAAGCCAUUCUUUAGACAUGGAGAGAUCACAAAAGAUGACUACAAAGUUAUCAUGAGAAAGAGUGUGGAAAAGGUUAAAGAAUCAAGUAGCAGUGUGGACAGGGAAAGAGUUUGCAGACUUGUAAAGAAAUACAUCAAAAAAGUCAAGGGAGAUAAACUUGCACCGUAAAUUUAAGGGAAACAAUGGAACUAAUAAUGUGAUUGUUAUCAAAAGUGAUAGAAAAGGUUAAUUUGUUCGGUUGACUGUUGCGAGAAUAUUUCAAAAUAUCCUCUAAGUUUUGUACAGGUUUAUGCAAUUGGUGUAUUUUAUCGUACCUGUUUCAAACCUAUUUUGAGAUUUAAAAGAGUUUAAGUGGGAAGGGCUUACACACUUGAUUCUUAUUGCUAUUGUUAUGUUUGUUUUACAACCUACCCAAGGAGCUACAUUUUACACGUUAAGUGCGACCAGGGAGAUCUUUGAAAUGAUAAGAAGGAAAAAUAAAAGAUGCACUAUCACGUUGUUAGA